AUUACUUUUAAUAAAUUAUUCUCUUUCUCCCUCCCCUCUUAUUUAAUACCCAUGUUUGCGCCCCAUACAAGCUUAAACAGAUAAAGUUUAAACUUCUUUCAGCAAGCCUUCUUUUAAUAUUUGUGAUACCUUCAACUUUUUGCCAAUCGACCGCGGUAGGGGGGUUUCUGGACUAGAUGCGACGGGGAUAGUCAAUAGUGGAUCUACCAAGGAUGAUGUUCUUUGAUCGCGACGACCUCACGCGUGGCUUGUAGCCAUCUUUGACAAUGUCUCGCUCUUCGGCCGGCUUUGCUGACUUCUUUCCAACCGCGCCUGCCGUCCUACAGCAAAAACGCAGAAGAGCGACACAAGAACAACAACCGCCUGAAUCUCAAGAUGACCGGGUGAAUACUAUUGAAUCUUCCUCUCUAUCCACAGAACUACCCUUAGCGGUCGACAAUCCAGUGGUCGGGGUCAAGACUGGCGGUAAUACAACUACAAGGUCGGGCGAGGAACUUUCGGAAGGUCUAGGUCUCGGAUCUACCAAUUUCAAAAGCAGAGGCUGCUCAGUGCCUCCAGGAGGCGUCAGUGUUGAUGGAAUCCAUCUCGAUACCCUUACACCGCUCACCAAUGGGGAGUCUUCUCCGCCGCGCAAAGCACCCAGUCCUUCGGACGCGAAAAUGGACGAUGAGUUCACAGAAGACGGCGCACACAGCGGUCCUCAAGGUGAUUCGAAGUUAGCCUUGAAUCAGAUUUGUGCUCCGCCUACUCCUCUGUCUCAAAGUCGCCAUAUUGAAAGCGCAAUCAAAGGCUGGAAGGUGGCCUAUGAUCCCGAUCUUGAUAAACGUUCAUCAUCGAAGGAAAAGAAGAAGAAGGUCCAGUACGUGAGCUUUGUUGCAAACGAAGAUAAUAGUCCUGGCUCAGAUCCGCGGUUAAAAAUAGUUAACUAUAACCGUGGCGCUGCUUGCAAACAAAAGUCGAAAUAUCGACCGGCUCCCUACCUUCUCAAGCCAUGGCCUUAUGAUGCUACAACAACUAUAGGGCCUGGGCCUCCAACACGAAUUGUGGCCACAGGCUAUGAUCCAUUAACACCCAUCGCUCCGAUCAGCGCUCUCUUUGCUAGCUUCGGGGAAAUCUCAGAAAUCAACAAUCGCACCGACCCUAUUACUGGCAGUUUCCUCGGUAUCUGUUCGAUACAAUACAAGGAUAGCCUUUCUUUUCGUGGCAACGGGCCUGUUCUGGCAGCAAGCGCGGCGCGUCGUGCAUAUCUCGAAUGCAAGAAAGAACAACGUAUCGGGACUCGCAGAAUUAGGGUUGAAUGGGAUCGCGACGGGACUACCUCGGAUCGCUUAGUCUCAAGAGCCAUUACUUCCCAGAGAGCCGAGCUUCGUGGGAAUCUACAAAAUGGCGAGGAACGUGAUACAGAGACAAAGGCUGAAAAAAAUGAACCUCCCCUGACUGCACCCAAGGGCCCAUCGGGGAGAAUUUCUAUUCGCACUGCUUUUCCGCCACCCGAAGGUCCGCGAGCGGCAUUGAAGCCUGCAGUGCCAUCCUUGAUCGAAGAAACCCCAAUCCUCGGCCAGAUCAAGCGUGACCCAUACAUAUUUAUCGCGCACUGUUACGUACCAGUCCUCAGCACAACCGUGCCGCAUCUAAAAAAGAGGCUCAAACUGUUCAAAUGGAAAUCGAUCCGCUGCGACAAGACCGGAUACUAUGUCCUCUUUGAAAAUUCUAGAAGAGGUGAGGAGGAAACGGAACGAUGCUACAAGAUCUGUCAUAUGAAGCCUCUUUUCACUUAUAUCAUGAACAUGGAAAGCCAGCCAUAUGGUAAUCCUAAUUACGAGCGCAGCCCGAGCCCUGAGAGACUUCAGGCUGAACAUAAACAGAGAUCAGAGAAGGAGAGAUUGAAAAAAGAAGCAGAGCUUGAUCUUGAGGAAGAGAAAAGGCAAAGAGCGAUUGAUUUAGACCCUUGCAAAGAAGUCUUAUCUAUCAUAAUCAGUGAACUGAAAGAUAAACUGCUUGACGAUGUCAAAUCGCGCAUCGCUGCUCCAGCUCUGUACGACUAUCUUGACCCAGACCGACAUGCACCGAAAAGGAGGAAGCUGGGGCUUCCUGAUCCAGAGGGUACCAAACGGCUAUCCUUUCAGAUCGGCAUUGAGAAUAGUCUUGGAUCUCACGACUCUGAUAUAAGGCUGCCUCAUUCCAGGGCACCGUUUGGGGCAUCAAAUAUGAAUAUACUGGCUCUACCACGCAUCAGAAAAGCUCACGGUCUGGAUCGAACCGAUACGGUGUUUCUAGAUGAGAGACGGAAACAAUCCUCACGGAAAACAAGGGUCAGGCCUCUCUACCAUCGUUUACAGCAGCUUCAUGAAGUUGAGGAUUCGGAUGAGGAACUGCAAAGUCCGUUUGGUCAAGAUACCGAUAGUAGGCCACCAAGCCGAGCAACAUCGAUUAGCUCCGAUUCAGAAAACGAUAAUGAUUCUGGUACGGAGACCUUGGAUACUUCAACGACAAAAGGAAUCCUUGCUUUUGAGAACGAAGGCGACAAUGAUGCCCCGGACAGCUCGGUUGAUGGGCAGUCGCUUUCUGAUUUCAGUAACCUUCUUUCAACUUCGAAUCGCAAAAGGAAAAGACUCAACCAAGAGCUUGAAGCGCGAAAAAGACAGAAAGAUGAUUCCCUUUUUGGCCUGGCUCAAUCCCCUGAGGACACAGACAGCGAUAUUCAGGGCCGCAGUGCAAACACAUUGGUUUCCGGGUCAGAUACCAUUGAUCCAGGGAUUAUACAAGAGGACCUGGGUAUUGCCUCCACGCCAUUAGAGCAGGGGAAAAUGGAAAUGGUGGCGAGUGAGCCUCUAGAAGAUAUCAAAGAGUUACGAAAGCCGGUUGAAGAUGGCUUCAAAGAGACAGACCAAACAACUGGUCUCCCUUCAGCAGUUUCCUACUCUAACAGAAAGCUUGCCAGGCCUAAAGAAGCAAAGAUAGGGUGGGAUGUCUCUUACGACGAGCCCCGUGCGACUGUCGAGGAUGACGAUACCAUCAUACAAGACCUUGAUGGAUGGCAAUGCAUUGUCAAAGACGACGAAGACUUGAGAUUCCUUCGGGAGGUUCUGGUAGACCAAUUGAAGUUCAACAUCGGAAAUCUAGCUGCCUGGGCAUGGAGACAAAAAGAAAUAAAGGCGCUUAAUCGCUCCGGGGAAAGAGGCAUAGUCCGCAAUGAAACCUUGAUUGACGGCUACUAUAAAUCUAAUAUCGCAGGUUCUGCUCGCGCAGAAGGCAAGAAGAGGAUUUUGGAAUCAGAGAAGUCGAAGUAUCUACCACAUCGAAUCAAGGUCCAAAAGGCCCGCGAGGAACGCGAGGCCAGAGCAAAGAACGACCCGCAAGCUACGGCCGCUGAAGCCGCGAGGAUUGCUGCUGCAAAGUCCAUCUCCAAAUCAACGUCUAGGUCGACCCGGGUAAACAAUCGUCGCCUUAUUGCAGAUAUCAAUGCACAAAAGCAAGCUCUCCCGACCCAGCAAGGAGAGGGAGAUGUCUUGCGCUUCAAUCAAUUGAAGAAGCGAAAGAAGCCUGUUCGCUUUGCGCGCUCUGCAAUUCAUAACUGGGGCCUCUAUGCCGAGGAGAACAUUGCUGCAAAUGAUAUGAUCAUCGAGUAUGUUGGAGAGAAAGUGCGGCAGCAAGUUGCAGAUAUGCGGGAAAGAAGAUAUUUGAAGAGUGGAAUUGGGAGCAGCUAUCUUUUCCGGAUUGACGAAAAUACAGUCAUAGAUGCAACGAAGAGAGGAGGGAUAGCGAGAUUCAUUAAUCAUAGUUGCACGCCCAACUGUACUGCCAAGAUCAUCAAAGUCGAUGGCAGCAAAAGAAUCGUUAUAUACGCUCUCCGGGAUAUUGAAAGAGAUGAGGAACUGACCUACGAUUAUAAGUUUGAAAGAGAGUGGGAUAGUGAUGACCGAAUCCCAUGCCUCUGCGGGUCUACAGGCUGCAAAGGGUUUCUUAACUAAGAUCUUUGGGGAAAGACCCCUCGUGGAAACAAUUUACUCGAUGACCUUUCUUAAGAUGGGAUUGAAUUACAUUCGUCAUCUGGCUGAAGUAGCAAUUAAUUUUCUUACAGAUGUUUCCUUGACUCGGAAAUGUCUUCGUCCUUGGUUGCAGACAAAGUCUGUGGUUGCAAAGAAAUGAUCAUCUUAUUGUAUAAUAAAGAAGCUACGACUGUAAUGUCACAAAUGAAUUGCAUGAGUCUUGGG